GCGGACAACCUGGUGGAGAAAGGCCACGCCCACGUGUCGGAGCUGAAGCGCUGGGUCAGCACGGUGGACCGCAGGUACCGCGACUUCUCGCUACGCAUGGGCAAAUACCAGGAGAGCCUGGAGAGGAGCCUGGGGGUCAGCUCUGAGGACAAUAAAGACCUGGAGCUGGACAUCAUCCCCGCCAGCCUAACGGACGACCCCGAGGUCAAACUGCGUGACCCCAACCCCGAGGUCAACGAGGAAAAGAGGAAGUCUGCCAGGAAGAAAGAGUUUAUCAUGGCAGAGCUGCUGCAGACAGAGAAGACCUACGUCAAAGACCUCCAGGAGUGUCUGGAGACCUACCUGUUGGAGAUGACCAGCGGUGUGGAAGAGAUUCCUCCAGGCAUCGCCAACAAGGAGCUCAUCAUCUUCGGCAACAUGCAGGAUAUCUGGGACUUCCACCACAAUAUUUUCCUGAAGGAGCUGGUGAACUACGAGCAGCUUCCAGAGGAUGUCGGUCAUUGCUUCGUCACCUGGGCUGAUAAGUUCCACAUUUAUGUGAAUUACUGUAAGAACAAACCAGACUCCAGUCAGCUGAUCCUGGAGCAUGCCGGCACCUUCUUCGACGACAUUCAGCAGAGACGUGGACUGGCUAACUCCAUCUCCUCCUACCUCAUCAAACCGGUCCAGAGGAUCACCAAGUACCAACUACUGCUGAAGGAGCUGCUGUCAUGUUGUGAGGAGGGUAAAGGGGAGAUUAAAGACGGUUUGGAUGUGAUGCUCAGUGUUCCUAAGAGAGCUAAUGAUGCCAUGCACCUCGCCAUGUUGGAGGGCUUUGAGGAAAACCUGGAGGUGCAGGGCGAGCUCAUCCUGCAGGACAGUUUCCAGGUUUGGGAUCCACGCUCGCUGAUCAGGAAGGGGCGGGACCGACACCUCUUCCUGUUCGAGUUCUCCCUGGUCUUCAGCAAGGAGAUCAAAGACUCGGCUGGCAGAACCAAAUACCAGUACAAGAACAAACUACUGACGUCGGAGUUGGGAGUGACCGAGCACAUUGAGGGUGAUCCGUGUAAAUUUGCUCUGUGGGCUGGAAGAACCCCCUCCUCUGAUAAUAAAACGGUGCUAAAGGCAUCCAAUAUGGAAGCCAAACAGGAGUGGAUUAAAAACAUCAGGGAGGUGAUCCAGGAGAGGAUGACUCACAUGAAGGGACCGCUGAAGGAGCCUCUUCAUCUGCCGAAAACACCAGCACUGACCAAACCCAGGAAUAACACGAAGAGGGAGGGAGGUGAAGACGGAGACAGUCAGGGAGACGGCAGCAGCCAACCGGACACCAUCUCCAUCGCAUCCAGGACGUCCCAGAACACUGUAGACAGCGACAAGCUCUCUGGGGGUUGCGAGUUGACCGUCGUCCUUCAGGACUUCACAGCAGGAUGCAGCACGGAGAUGUCCGUCAGCACCGGCCAGACGGUGGAGCUGUUGGAGCGGCCGAGCGAGCGGCCCGGCUGGUGUCUGGUCCGAACCACCGAACGCAGCCCGCCACAGGAGGGACUGGUUCCCAGCUCCACACUCUGCGUGUCCCACUCGCGCUCCAGCGUGGAGAUGGACUGCUUCUUCGGCUCGGGGAAAGAAAACUACCAGGUUAGCGGCUCAGAUGGAAAGACCGAGUCUGUGACGAACCUUCAGCCGCAGCCGUCCCUCAACUCGCUGCAGUCCAGCUCUCCUGGACCCAAACGCUCCGGAAACACACUGAGAAAGUGGCUGACCAGUCCGGUCCGCCGGCUCAGCCACGGCAGCUCCGUCAAGAAACUCCCCAACAAACAGAAGAAGACUGGACCGGGAACAGGAAGAGAGGAAAGCAGGAAGAGUGUUGACCUGGGACAGCCUGACCUUAACCAGCAGGAUGACAUAAUCAACGAGAGAGUCCACAGUAAGGACGGGAACUUCCUCUCUAAGACCUCUGGGAUGCAGAGCGGCGGGGAGGAGGAGCAGGACGAGGAGCCCCACACCCCUCUGCCUCCCCCCAUGGAGAUCAUCAAGGACCCCUCGGCUCAGGACGACAAGACUCUGGAACCAGGAGCGUACCCCGGCUUCUCCCCUCUCACUCCGCCAGAGCAGACAACUCCCGUCCAGCCACGGAACCCUGAACUGGAGCAGAGAGCCAAAGCAAUGAGAGGACGGAUGUUUGUCCUCAACGAGCUGAUUCAGACAGAGAAGGACUACGUCAAAAACCUGGGCAUCGUGGUGGAGUGCUUCAUGAAAAAGAUCAAGGAGAGAGGCGUCCCUGACGACAUGGAAGGAAAGGACAAAAUCGUCUUUGGGAACAUCCACCAGAUCUACGACUGGCACAAAGACUUCUUCGUCGGAGAGCUGGAGAAAUGUCUGGAAGACCAUGAACACCUUCCUGAGCUCUUUAUCAAACAUGAGAGAAGACUCCACAUGUAUGUGGUUUAUUGUCAGAAUAAGCCAAAGUCAGAGUUCAUCGUAGCAGAAUAUGACACCUAUUUUGAAGGAAUCCAGCAGGACACCCAGUCCAGGUUGACCAUCAGCGACUUCCUCAUCAAACCCAUCCAGAGAAUCACCAAAUACCAGCUGUUGCUGAAGGACUUCCUGAAGUACAGCUCCAAGGCAGGCAUCGACUGCGAACAAAUUGAGAAAGCAGUAGAUUUGAUGUCUCAGGUCCCUAAACUGUGUAACGACAUGAUGAAUUUGGGUCGGCUGCAGGGAUACGAGGGUAAACUGACCAGUCAGGGUAAACUGCUGCAGCAGGAGACCUUCUUUGUAACCGAGCAGGACACCGGCGUCCUGUCGCGCUCCAAAGAACGACGAGUCUUCCUCUUUGAGCAGAUCGUCAUCUUCAGUGAGCUGCUGAGGAAAGGAUCGUCCACGCCCGGAUACCAGUUCAAGAAGAGCAUCAAGUUAUCCUACCUGGGUCUGGAGGAGAGCGCGGACAACGAUCCCUGUAAGUUCGUCUUGUCGUGUCGCGGCUCGUCGGAGCGUUUCACCCUGCAGGCCGCCAACGUCGACAUCAAGCAGGUCUGGGUCCGACACAUCCAGGACGUCCUGGAUGCUCAGAGCAACUUCCUGUCUGCUCUCCAGUCUCCCAUCGAGUACCAGAAGGAGAAGGGCGGAGCAGGCAGCAGCUCCUCGCUGACCAGAAACUGCUCGUCCCCGGGGAACCGGCCCUCCGUGACGUCUCACAGCCGCCCAUCCUCGGCGGUCGGGCUCGGCGACAAGGAGGCGGAGCGAGGGAGGACCCAGAUGAGGGUGUCUACCUCCAACGGCGGGUCGGCAUGUUUCGAGGCCAGGGGCUUUGACAGCGACUGUAACGGCGUGUCCUCCACCAUGUUGGUCUCUCAGGACUACUCGGCGCUCAAAGAGAACGAGAUCUGCGUCAGUCAGGGAGAGACGGUCCAAAUCCUGGCCACCAAUCAGCAGAACAUGUACCUCGUUUACCGGCCAGCCAACAGCCAGUCGCCGGCCGCAGAGGGCUGGGUGCCGGGAAACAUCCUGGGCCCGCUCACAAAGCCCAUAAAAGACUCUUCUUCCACUUCCUCCUUCCCGGCGGCGGUGGCCGAUGCUAACAACAUCAAGAAGUCUCUGUCGUGGAACACACUGCGUGCCCGGAAGCGCGCUGAAGCCAAGGACGCCUCCUCGUUUGGGGUCAGAGGUCCGGAGAACGGCCUCCUCCGUAAGCCCAAAGAAAGCACGCCCCCUCCCCCUCUCGCCUCCCCAGCCACCAGGCCAAAGGGCAAAGACGUUCACACUUCAGAUGAGUCGGACUGUGACGAUGACCUUGACCCAAAAACAGGCAUGGAGCUUCUCAACCCAAAUUUCAUCCAGGAAGUGGCUCCAGAGUUCCUCGUUGCUCUGUCAGACGUGGUGUGUGCUUUCGGGGAGACUGUGGUCCUCUGCUGUAAAGUCUGUGGACGACCCAAACCCUCCAUCACCCUGAAGGGCCCCGACCAGAACACAGUGACCAGCAACAACCGCUUCACCAUCGACAUCAGGGAUACAGGCGACAUCUUGUUGAAGAUCUGUAACCUGAUGCCUCAGGACACUGGCAUCUACACCUGCGUGGCCGUUAACGACCACGGCUCUGCCUCCUCAUCCGCCUCCAUUAAAGUGCAAGGUAUCCCAGCAGCCCCUGGGAGACCAGUGGCCCAGGAGGCCAGCAGCACGGCGGUGAUGAUCCACUGGGUGCCUCCGGCUUCAUCCGCUCACUGUUCCGUCAGCAGCUACACUGUGGAGUACAGGCAGGAAGACUCAUUGCUCUGGCAGCAGGUGGCCAGCAGCAGAGAGGAGUGUGUUCAGAUCGACGCUCUGAUCCCCGGAGGUCACUAUCAGUUCAGGGUGCGAGCCUCCAACCGCUGGGGGAUCGGCCCGCCGACCGAGCCCUCAAAUAUGAUCACACUGCCCAGCAGCAACUCUGGGUUCGAUGGAACUGGGAUCCAGUGGAAAGAAAACUUUGAGUCUACCUUCUCUGAGAUCUGUGAGAUUGGAAGGGGACGAUUUUCGGUGGUGAGAAAAUGUCUCAACAAGUCUACAAAGAAAGAGGUUGCGGUUAAGUUCGUGAGUAAGAAGAUGCAGAAGAAGGAGCAGGUGGCUCAUGAGGCGGACGUCCUCCAACGCGUACAGCAUCACCAGCUGGUGGCGCUGCUGGACACAUACGAGUCUCCCACCUCUCUGAUGCUGAUCCUGGAGCAGCUGGAGGACGGUCGUUUGCUCGACUACCUCGUCGCCCACGAUGAGCUGAUGGAGGAGAAGGUGGCCUUCUUCAUCAGAGAGACACUAGAGGCCCUGCAGCACCUUCAUACCUGCAGAGUGGUACACCUGGAUCUCAAGCCUGAGAACAUCAUGGUGGACCUCCACUCUCCCACCCCGGGCAUUAAGCUCAUCGACCUCGGCGACGCCGUCCAGCUGUCUGCCCAGCGCCGGUACGUCCACCUCCUGCUCGGGAAUCCGGAGUUCGCUGCACCUGAGCUCAUCCGCGGGACGCCGGUCUCCGUCGCGACGGACGUGUGGAGCGUCGGCGUGCUGGCCUACGUGAUGGUCAGCGGCGUGUCCCCGUUUCUGGACGAGUCGCCGGAGGAGACCUGCGUCAACAUCUGCCGCCUGGACUUCUGCUUCCCGGACGAAUACUUCGGCGACGUGACCCAGGCGGCGAGGGAUUUUGUGUCCUCGGUGCUGCAGCAGGAUCCCAGGAAGAGGCCGAGCGCCACUUCCUGUCUGCAGCACCCGUGGGUGGGCCGCGGGGGUGCACACGGCGGGGAGUACUCCAAGACGCCCCUGGACACGACACGAUUAGCCACAUUUAUUGACCGAAGGAGACAGCUGCACGACGUUCGGCCCGUCACUAAUAUCAAAGGGCUGGUGAGCAGCAGCAUGGGCAACACGCUGUGACGGAGAGGAGCUCUGAGCGUCAACAACAAUCCAUCUGUGACCACCAGGGCACCCACAAUAACACUACUGUAUAUUUGAAGCAUUUAAUUAUCUUUAGUAUUUAUUAACGUGUGAGUGGGGAAGAGAUGCGUUGCCUAAAUCCUUCCUGUGAGAGAUUUAGUUCUUGACAAAGGACCACUUAAAACUUAAAAGCAGAUGUAAUUAUUGAAAUGUAUGGUUGUAUGAUAUUUAAUUACUGACUAACACAUUCAUUUGAUCUUUGUUCACCCAGUAACAACCAUUACAUGUGAAACGGGUCCCACAAACAACCUAAAACACCCCGACAGAACCCAAAGAAAUCACCUCAAAGUUGAGGAAAUUAGCAUUUAGAAAACACACUGUGAGCAGGCUUAAUGUCAAUAUAUUAGUUUAUAUUUGUAAUGUUUAUUUUUCCAGGGACAGAUGAUAUAUUGGAGGCAAGAGACCAUUGUGUUGAGGUGGUCAUUUUAUUAGACCUGUUGCUCAGGAGCACUGGGGCAGCACUGAGUCCGGCAGGGAUUUGCGUCACUGAGGAGGCAUUUACAACCCAUGCUCUGCUAACAUGCUUCAGCUAACAUAUGUGAACAUGUUAAAAAAAGCUUCUGAGAGAUUUUGACAGUGACAUUUUGCCUGACCUGUGACCCCAUAGGGUUGGUCAGAAGCAAACAUGGCAAUUCACUGAAACAAAACCGCUGACGAUGUCUGUGAUCUGAUUUAGUGUCACGGGAAGCUCUCAUGGAGGAUUAAAGCUGCAGUGUGUAGGAUAUGGCGACAUCUAGAGGUGAGGUUGCAGAUUGUAUUCAACUGAAACCAGACGUGUAGGAGAACUACUGUGGCCGGCGCAAAAAUUUAGUUUGACCGUUCUGGGCUACCGUAGAAACAUGGCGGACUCAGUGAACAGGACCCGCUCCCUAUGCAAAUAUCAAAGGCUCAUU